AUGCGUGCCAACAUCCCGGAUGUAGCAAAAGCUUCACCCGCGCAGAACAUUUGCGCCGACAUGCGCUCAACCACGAACAGCCGCGCGAUGGAUAUACUUCGCGACAUAUGGAACGACAUACCAAACGCGACCAGGAAGCUGGAGGUCCAGGACAAGGGUUACUCAAGACGCGAAAGAGGACAAGACGGGCAGAAGAUGGUUCUAUCUUUUUCUGGCCAGGAACUAGAAGAGGAGUAUCAACUUCCUGAGGAGACUGGUCUCCCUAUAUCGCCCCCUGGCUCGGGUACAGAUCCAACAACUAUCUCAAUCGAUGAAACGGACCCGUUCCUAGCACCUCUGAUUCCGAUCGGUUCUUUUGAACCAUAUGUUGAACCCAUCCCGGGACAAUUUGAUGCAGCCGAUGGGUCAUUCAAUGUUGAGCUGGGAGGGAUAGGCGAUUAUUUUGGCAUGGACACAGCCACCGACUUCAAUCUACCAUUUGCGGCGACUUGUAACUACAACUGGUUGUUUGAUGUGUCCUCCCUCGACGACGCUUUUCAACACUUCGACUCCUCCAUCGGAUUUGAUACAGUUGCCUUUCAAGAAAUGACAGAAAGCAUUCCGAUGGAGGCACCUGAGAAAUAUGACGGCCCCUCGGCGCUUUUGAUGGCGUCUAUAAUGGACAGAGAGCCAUUCCAGCAAUCUACCUCACCCUCCCUUCCCAGCCUUCCCGACCUGGACUGGAUGUCAGGGUCUGCCAUGCUAGAUUCAAACCCUCCACUUCGCCUACCACAGAUAUCAGAAGAAGCGCGAAAGGGGAUCAUGUCUGUUGUAGCACAUGCACACCCGACAAGCAUCGAUGGACAGCCCAUGCUUCUCGAAUCCCCUCUUCUCUCACUAGCUGCGCUCCAAAGCUACAGUGAUCUCUUCUUCAGUCGCUUUAACACGACAUACCCAUUAAUCCACCAACACACAUUCAACCCGAACACAGCAGCACCGGUCUUCCUCGCAUCGGUGCUUUUUAUGGGUGCUACUUACAGCACCCGCGAAGCCCACCAACUAGCAGUCGAAGUCCACGAUACUUUAAGAUGCCAACUACUAUGCCAUCCCGAGUUCUCACCGCAACCCGAUCUCUGGGUCCUACAGACAAUGCUUCUGAUUGACUGUUUUGGCAAAAUGAGGGCUGGCCCGAAACAACGGGAACGAGCACAACUCUUCCAUUGCGUACUCAUCAAACUCAUCCGGCGCAGUAAUUGCUGCAACAUUCGCGGAUUGUCAGCUUUGGAUCAAUCUGCUGAUUUGGAGCAAGUAUGGCGACAAGCUUUGGAUGAGGAACAGCGAAAACGCGUUGCUAUGCAUUGUUUCAUGUGGGAUACACAGCACGCAGUCUUAUUUUCGCAGUCUCUUUGCAUGUCUGCAUUUGAAAUUAGGUCUUCCUUACCUUGUAGCACUGCGGCAUGGGAGGCUUCUUCUGCCCGCGAGUGGGCGCAACAUGCCUUCCGUGAAGAGAACCGUCUGUUCCUUUCUGUGCUGAAGGGGUACAUCACCCCGGCAGCUGUGCCUCGGCCUCGAGAUUUGAACGCCUUUGCUCGUAUCGUUGUUCUACAUGGCUUGAUGUCUGUAUCUGCAGAUCUUAAACGUCGUGAUCAGACAACUCUACGGUCGGAAACACCUGAUCGGGUUGGGGCAUGGACACCACGUAUGGGUCGUUCGUACGAUCUGUGGAAGGUCGACUUUGACUCGGACUGUCUCGCUAUGAAACUUGCACAGACUGUCAGUCCUCGGCAGUUCACGGGACUCAAGAUAUCCGGACAUGCCUUGUAUCACGCCGCAUAUCUCGCAUUGCAUGUUGAGGUCUUAGAUUUGCAGAUCGUCGCUGGUGCACCACACAUCCUUGGGCGCCUCGUCACGGAAGCUGAUCGGGUGCGAUCGCUUCGAAAUAUCACCAGAUGGCUUCAGGAAGACUCUGAACCCCCUUGCACGGCUGCGCGACAGGCCGCAUCCCUCCUACAAGAUUCCGUGUUAAGUCUUCAUGAAUGGGAGCAGGCUGAUUCAUUCCAUUUCCCAUGGUGUUUAUACCUGUGCACGUUAGCUUGCUGGGUUUUCCACCGUGGGCUUGACCUUACAUCUGACGAGAACAGGUCUACGACAGAUUUGUCUUCAUUGAUCGUGAUGAUGACCAACUGUCCUAAUCCGUCUGAAUUAGGAUCGCUAUCUGGCAAGUAUUGUCCACGGCCCCUUGCAGCAGCUAUGGCACAGCAAUUAGCAACAGUUCGAUGGGCAGUUGUACACGACGCGAUGAAAGUUUUAGUAAAUUUAUCUUGA